CAUGGAAUAUGUAGAACCGCACACAGACAAUGCGACCGUGCCUCUUUGGCCACGUGUGUACAUCUGUCAACUCUAUCUGCAUCCAAUGCGGCGACGACCUGGCACGAACACUGGCAUCAGGAACUUGACCAAGUCGACCUGCACCCGCGCCGCGCCGCGCCGCGCCGCACACGACCCUGCUGGCCUAGACUGCGUCCGCGACCCUCCACCGAUGCUAUCAUCAAGAAACAGAGCCACCUUCAGUGCCCCAGCGGCCUUUCGUGGUCCCCUCGAGCCCUGCCGCGGACUGCCUGCUUGCACCGACGCUGGGUGCCUCCACCCCAAAGGUCCGCCGAUCGGCCGCCUGGCACUGUUUUCAUGCACAACACACUUGUACAACAUCACUGUAGUGUGGAGCCGCGGGUACCGGGCCGGCAGCGGCGAGGCGGCGGGCCCAAAAGCCCAAAUGCGUCAAUCUUCGGAGCCCGAUAGCGGGCCUCCCGAGCGAGCUGCACCGUUCCUACUGUAGCAAUAGAUAGUUCAUACUUA